AAUUACAGCGCUCUUCGUGCGAGUUUCUGACGAGCCUCCUCUCCAACCUUGAUAGCGCGGGCCAUGGACAGCCGUGGACCUUUGAUAGCAUUAUUCGCUGCCGCGCUUGCCGGGGGUCCCGCUGUCGUUGUCGGCGCCUGCUGCUCCUUGUCUGUCAUGGGUGGUUUCGGCUCCCCGGCGGCAUUUGCAGCCGCCAGGGCAAGCAUGCCCCUCUUUGCCUGCGAGAGCGGCCCGGUAGACAUGCGCGACUUCGUUGAAAGUUUCUUCAAAAAUGGACUGGGGAGGUUCUCCUCGUCAUCCAUGUCGUACACUGGUGGUGGAGGCAAAGUCUCCGGAUUCCAUAUCGGUAUGGCCGUGGGAGCGGUGUUCGCAUGGGUGGGUAAGGGCGGCCGGACGAUUGCGGACGUGGUGGUCAUCCGACGGGCCAUUUUCUUCGCCGCUGAAACGGAUGGCGAGUCCAUGCCCCCGGCCGUACAGUAAGCAAUUUUCGCAAGUUGAUC